AUGCCUGAAUCCUGUGCUGAGGAUAAGGAUGUAGUGGAAAUUAACAGGCACAGAGAAAGCACAGAAUUUGUAUCCUGCUUGGGGUUUCUGGACAGCAGAAGCUCAAAGCUGGUGAUCAGGACAACAGAACAAGUUGGUGAUGAUGGCUCAAUGAUGAAACAAACAGUGAUCACAGGGAAAGAUGAAGGAAGUGGAAAAAUCUGGACUGCUAUGAAAUUUAUCUUCUAUUUGGGUAUCCUUGCUGGGACACUUUUCUCUGCUCACUCGUCUGUGCAGAAAGAAGACCAUGCUCCCUAUCUGGUAUACCUCAAGUCUCACUUCAACCCCUGCGUGGGUGUCCUCAUCAAAAACAACUGGGUGCUAGCCCCAGCUCACUGCUACUUACCAAACCUGAAAGUGAUGCUGGGAAAUUUCAGGAUCAGAGUCAGAGAUGGCACAGAGCAGGCAAUUAACCCCAUCAAGAUUAUCCGCUACUGGAACUUUAGCCAUAGCAACCCCCAGGAUGACCUCAUGCUCAUUAAGCUGGAGAAACCUGCCAGACUCAAUAACAAAGUCCAGCCCCUUCCCCUCGCCACCAGCAACGUCCGGCCAGGCACCGUCUGUCUACUCUCAGGUUUGGACUGGAGCCAAGACAACAACGGCAGACACCCUGAUUUAAGGCAGAACCUGGAGGCCCCUGUGAUGUCUGAUAAAGAGUGUCAGAAAACCCAACAAGGAAAAAGCCACCGGAACUCCUUAUGUGUUAAAUUUGUGAAAGUCUUCAGCCGAAUUUUUGGGGAGGUGGCCGUCGCUACCGUGAUCUGCAAAAACAAGCUCCAGGGGAUCGAGGUUGGACACUUCAUGGGAGGAGAUGUCGGAAUCUACACCAAUGUUCACAAAUAUAUACCCUGGAUUGAAAGCAUCACUAAAGAAAAAUGA